ACAUAGGAGUUUGGAGGCCCUGAGUUAAAGUGCACAAUCAAUGUGCAAGAUCAAAGAGCAUACAGAUUUUAGACACAAGCGUUUAUUAGUUAUUUCUGUCAUAAACUGUUCGAAAAUAUUUAUAUAAUUAAUUGUAACAAUAUAUUGUUCGUGUUACGACGAUAAAUUUCCUCAUUUGUUAUGCUAUUUUCAUUACAACAAUCAAAUGAUUGUUUAAAUUAAAUCUUAUGCAAUAAAGAUACUCCAGCUCUAACAAUGAAUAAACUUUCGCCGUUAAUUAAACAAAUUAUGCGUUUGCAACUGCAACGUAUGAGCACGUCAACAAAACAAAGGCAAACACCACCAGAGUAUUGUUUGCAGCUAGUUAGCACCUAUAAUUCCCACAGUUGUAUCUAUGACCUCAAUAAAAAUACUUCCAAUAUCAAUCUAAGACCUCUAGGAAAUAAACAUACUGAUCCUUUUAUUAAAACUGAAAAAAAUAAUUAUGGCCUUUAAUGGGUUAACAGUUUUUUUUUUAUUAUAUAAGAGAACAGACAUUGGAAAUAUGAGGAACAGCGACUAUGAGAACUUUCUGUGUACAUUAUUACUCCCGCAUAAUAUCAGAUCAGCAGCUUUUGCAAUACGUGCAUUUAAUGUUGAAGUGGCUCAAGUGGAGGAUCAAGUAAAAGACAAUAAAAUUGGAGCUAUGAGACUGCAAUUUUGGACUGACACAUUAAACAACAUUUAUAAUGAUCAUCCACCCAGGAGUCCAGUAGCAAUGGAAUUACACAGGAUUCUUCAGCGGCACAAAUUGUCCAAGCGUUAUUUCAAACGUCUAAUCGACGCUCGUUUAAAGAAACUAAACAAUUCGAUAUUCGUAGAUUUAGAGUCGCUCGAAAGGUACUGCGAUGAUACUGUGUCGUCGUUAUAUUAUUUACUGUUAGAAGCCCAAGGCAUAACGAAUGUAAACGCCGAUCAUGCGGCCAGUCAUUUUGGCAAGGCACACGGUUUAGUCACCCUGAUACGUUCCGUGCCAUAUAACGCCCACAAACGAGUCAUGGUGCUACCACAAGACAUCCUACUGAAAAACGGCGUCUCCUCAGAGUCGGUAUUCCGAAGACAGCUGAGUGCCGGAUUCAAAGACGUGAUAUUCGACGUUGCCUCUUGUGCAAAUCGACAUUUGAAAAUGGCAAUGUCGCUUAAGAAAACAGCGGGAAAAGAUCUCAACACGAUAUUCUUGCCAAGAGUUUGUGUGGAGAAUUAUUUAGAGGAACUAAGGAAAGUAGAUUUUGAUAUUUUCCAUCCAGUAUUACAAAAGAGGAAAGGUUUUCUGCCAUUGCAACUACUCUGGCGAAAAAUAUGGUUUUUUAGAGAUUAAAGUUAAAAAUAUUUUUUAAAUAACA